GUUAUCUUUUAAUCAGCUCUGCUGAAACGUCGCCUGUAACAAUAAUCGUUUCACUUUUUUUAUUAUGCUCAGAUAGCGUUCCGUUUCUUUGUAUGUGUAGUUAUUAAGUUUUUUGUAGACCAUUUAUUUUCUAAUUUUUGUUAAUAUAUAAUGUUAAAAUGUUGCUGAAUACAGCUAUUAGAAGCAGGCCAUUCAGAGAAAAUUUUAGAUACAGAUCUUCAUUUUCAGGUAAUGAUUAUAACUGUUAUGUAAUUAGAUAAUGGAAGGGCAGAUAAGUGGGGUUAUCAGUGCAGUUAUUGACUAGGCUAAAACCAGAGGGAAUCUUUUUUGGCAACAGACCAUCAGCUAGUCAAGAUGGAACUGAAAGCUUCCUCACUUUUGUCAUUUAAAAAUUUGAAGGUCCAUGUAAGUCUGAGGCUGUUGGUUACUUGUCUAGGGACUCUCUGCUGGUUUCAGGUAGGUCUUUUAUUCAGAUUGACAGAUUGGACCUUUAAUGCAGGGUACAAACCAGGACUGUUGAAGAGAGUAUGGGACAGUUGGGUACCGAUUCCUGCUGGAGUAGGCCUAUCCCUUAUUGCCUACUUGCAAUGGAGAAGAUUGGAACGUGAAAAGAAUAAAGGUGUUCGAGCAGCUGCACAUUGGGAAGUAAACUGUUACAAAGCUCUGCCUCUCAGGACUUUUUCGAGGGCAUUUGGAUCUGUAUCCGAAACCAAAAUUCCAAUUAAACUUCGUCCAUUUAUAUAUGGCAGCUAUGCAAAAGUUUUUGGAGUCAAUCUGUCUGAAAUAUCUGAACCUGUUGACAAUUAUUCUUCUCUGUGUGAAUUUUUUACAAGAAGACUGAAAGCUGGAGUAAGACCUGUCGACCAACAUAAAGCAGUAGUUUCGCCAGCGGAUGGUACUGUGAUGAAUGCUGGAAAAGUAAAUUCUUUUCAAGUGGAACAAGUAAAGGGGAUUACUUAUUCUUUGAAAGCUUUCCUCGGUGACAUCUCAUGGAAGGAUAAUGAAAAGCAGAUAGUAAGAGAUAUCAACUGCAAUGAAGUUGUAUAUGCAAAAGAAACUAAGACUCCUGACAAUUGGAUAGCAUACAAAAAGAGUUUGCUUCAUGAUCCUAUAAAAAAUGAUCUUUAUCAAUGUGUGAUUUACCUUGCACCUGGUGACUAUCAUCGCUUCCACAGCCCUGCUGAUUGGCACGUUUCAUUCAGAAGGCAUUUUCAAGGUGAGUUAUUGAGUGUAAACCCAUCAGUUGCUCAAUGGAUUCCUGGAUUAUUUGUACUUAAUGAAAGAGCAUUAUAUGUUGGUACAUGGCAAUAUGGAUACUUUAGUAUGACUGCUGUAGGAGCCACAAAUGUUGGAUCUAUUAGAGUUUAUGACGAUAAGGUACGUAUUUAUAAGAUAAAAAAGCUUACUGGAAAGUUUCAGUAUUUUUAUUUUUAUUUAUGAAUUACUAUCAAUUAUAGUUUGUAUGAAGAAUAAAUUGGUUAUUCAUACGCGAGAUAUGAAUUUACAUAUUUAUAUGAAUUAAGAUGCAAUUAGCACUGAA